AAAGAAAAGCUUCAAAAGUCGCUAACCACCACCGCGUCUUCAGUCUUCACCAAUCUUCAACAGCUCUGUUCAACUCUCUCCUUUGAUGAUCAAAGGAAAAGGAGUUUGAGAGGUUGUUUUUACAGUUCCACAGUAAGAUCUUUCUGUGAUACCCCAUCUUGUCAUAUGGCUUAUGAGAACUUUUAAGACACUUAAAAAUAUUAUAAGGAACUGUUUCCUUUUGUCCAUUAUGCAUGUCUGGCCCUGUGGCCAUUGUUGAUAACGUGGGAGGAGCAGUUGCUUGUGCAGAGAGAACAAAAUCUCUUGAUGCCAUUUCCGAUAGAGACAGCACAUCCAUAUUAACUAAUGGUGAAGUUGAUCAUACAUCUGAAACUGCUGGGUUUAGAGUUGGAGAGCUCUUACUUUCCAGUGGGGAAUCAUAUUCUGGGUCAUGGCUUGGCAACAUCCCCGAGGGUACGGGAAAGUAUGUCUGGUCAGAUGGUUGCAUAUAUGAGGGGGAGUGGAGACGGGGGAUGAAGCAUGGGAAUGGAAAACAACAGUGGCCUUCUGGAGCGGUUUAUGAGGGUGAAUUUUCAAGUGGUUAUAUGCAUGGUACAGGGACAUAUAUUGGGUCUGAUGGUUUGACCUACAAGGGACGAUGGCGGUUUAAUGUCAAACAUGGAUUAGGAAAUCAAGUUUAUCCUAAUGGAGAUGUUUUUGAAGGCUCUUGGAUGCAGGGUGCAGCAGAAGGGCCAGGUAAGUAUGCAUGGGCUAAUGGAAAUGUUUAUCUAGGGAAUAUGAAAGGUGGGAAAAUGUCAGGGAAAGGAACUCUUACUUGGACAAAUGGAGACUCAUUUGAAGGAAGCUGGUUAAAUGGCAUGAUGCAUGGAUUUGGUGCAUACACAUGGGGUGACGGGGGUUGCUAUGUUGGAACUUGGACACGGGGCUUGAAGGAUGGAAAAGGAUCAUUUUAUCCAAGAGGUAGCCGACUUCCUGCUGUACAAGAACUUUACCUCAGUGCUUUGAGGAAAAGAGGGCUGUUGCCAGAUUUGAGAAAGCAGAACCUUGCACAUAUCCAUCAUGCUUCCUCUGUAGAUUUGGGAAAUGUUAAGGUCAGUGGAAACCAGAGAUCUCGUCGUCAUUCAUCUGAUAAGCUCUCCAAAGGAAGCCUGUUAAAUUUAGAGCAAUCUCGAAGCAGAAAUGUUUCCUUGGAAAGGCGCUGGAGUCUUGAGGUAUCUAUUGAAAAAGUGAUUGGACAUGAAUCAUCAUUAGGGUUAACUGAUUCUUUGCAAGAAGAUGGUGAAAAAGAGGUUGAGACAAAUGCGCCAAUCCUGGAACGAGAAUAUAUGCAAGGAGUAUUAAUCAGUGAGCUUGUAUUAAAUAGUAGUUUUUCACCAUCAUCUAGAAGAGCAAAACGGCUACAAAAGAAACUUGCAAAAGAGGUUAAGAGGCCCGGUGAAGCUAUCAUUAAAGGUCACAGGAGUUAUGACCUAAUGCUCAGUUUACAGCUUGGAAUCAGAUAUACUGUGGGGAAAAUUACGCCCAUACAGAAGCGAGAAGUUCGGGCAUCAGAUUUUGGUCCCCGGGCUAGCUUUUGGAUGAAUUUUCCCAAAGAAGGGUCCCAAUUGACGCCACCCCAUCAAUCAGAGGAUUUUAAGUGGAAAGAUUAUUGCCCAAUGGUUUUCAGGAAUUUGAGGGAGUUGUUCAAGAUUGAUGCUGCAGAUUACAUGAUGUCCAUUUGUGGGAAUGAUGCUCUCAGGGAACUUUCUUCUCCUGGGAAAAGUGGUAGUGUUUUUUUCCUAUCCCAAGAUGAUCGUUUCAUGAUUAAGACACUACGAAAAUCUGAAGUAAAGGUCCUUCUAAGAAUGCUUCCAAAAUACUAUCAUCAUGUGAGAACAUAUGAGAACACACUCAUUACAAAAUUUUUUGGCCUUCACAGAAUCAAACCUUCAAGUGGUCAAAAGUUUCGUUUUGUAGUGAUGGGAAAUAUGUUCUGCACAGAGUUAAGGAUCCAUCGAAGAUUUGAUUUGAAAGGUUCAUCCCUAGGACGUUCAGCAGACAAGGUUGAAAUUGAUGAGAAUACAACACUUAAAGAUUUGGAUCUAAACUAUUGCUUUUAUUUGGAACCCUCUUGGAGGGAGGAUUUAUUGAAGCAGAUUGAGAUUGACAGUAAAUUUUUGGAAGCACAGCACAUUAUGGAUUACAGCCUUUUGUUAGGUGUGCAUUAUCGAGCUCCCCAGCACCUGCGCUCUCUUAUGUUCUACCGAAAUAUGACAGCAGAUGGAUUGGCAAGGCUUGCAGAAGAAGACGCUCUUGAGGAUGAGAUCUCCAACUACCCCCAAGGCCUUGUUUUGGUCCCUCGUGGAACAGAUGAUAAUAGCGUUGUUGUGGGCCCUCACAUCAGGGGUAGCCGAUUACGAGCAUCAUCUGCUGGUGAUGAGGAAGUUGAUCUCCUUCUUCCUGGUACUGCAAGGUUCCAAAUCCAGCUUGGUGUGAACAUGCCGGCAAGGGCGGAGCAGAUUCCCGGAAAGGAGGAAACCCAAAUGUUUCAUGAGGCAUAUGAUGUUGUUCUCUACCUAGGUAUCAUAGAUAUCUUGCAAGAGUACAACACGUCUAAGAAGAUCGAACAUGCAUAUAAAUCUCUUCAGUUUGAUUCCUUGUCCAUCUCCGCUGUGGAUCCUGAGUUCUACUCACAUCGCUUCUUGGAGUUCAUUCAAAAGGUGUUCCCUCCGAAUGCCAUAACAAGUUAAAAUUUUGGUUCUAAAUACACAACAUUCUUCUUCUGGCAGUUGUGAUCAUUUUCAUGUAAGAGUAAUUGAAUGGGAAGAAGCGUCAAGUUGUGCUGUAAGUAUUGUGAAAUAGGCAAAGUCAGCUCUUCGCACAUCAAAUUGUUGUUUAUAGAGUGAGUUUGAUUUUC